AUGGGCGAUAAUUCACAAGAAAUAGUGACACUGGAAUAUAAUUUACCAACAGUUAUUAUUGAUGGUAAUAAUGGUGUUAAAAACGGUACUGUAGUCAAUGAUGAAUCUAAAACCGACUCACAUGAUGGUAAUGACAAUAGCAAUGUUAAUAGGGAAAAAACAUUCAAUGCUAAAGUUGGGGACUGUAAAAAUGGUUUGUCAUUAUCAAUGAGAGAAAAAUCAAUGAUAUCAUGUCCGCAUACUAGUACAAUUAUUAAUGUGUUAAAACAUGAAUCCGCUAGAAAGAAAGCUGGAAUAUAUUGUAAAUUUCAUACCCGGUGUCGUCAAUAUUUUAAAAUUGAUAUUAGUUCUGGGGUAGAAAAGAUUGGUUUUUCCUGUUAA